CGACGAGCGAUACCCUUCAAGGAUGUGGGCGAUGCGCACGCCCUGGACGUGUCGGUGGCGGAGAGGCGCAUCUACUGGACUCAAUGGCUCCUAUGUGCAGCAGAUCGUGGACACGGGUCUGAUUGGGCCGGACGGCAUCCGAUGGUCCGAUGCGGAGGUUCGUCUCAUCGAGGUCGCCCGCCUGGAUGGCAGCAGUCGGCGCGUGCUCUUGUGGAAGGAGGUGGAGGAGCCCCGGUCCCUGGUCCUCGAGCCGCGCCGCGGCUACAUGUACUGGACAGAGUCGCCUUCGGACUCCAUACGGCGUGCCACGAUGGACGGAUCCGAGCUGCAAACCAUCGUGGCGGGAGCCAACUAUGCGGCCGGGCUCACAUUCGACCAGGAGAGGAGUCGCCUCUACUGGGCCACCCAGUCGCGGCCAGCGAAGAUAGAGAGCGCCGACUGGGGUAAGAAGCACCCGAUACUGGUUUGCAGCGACACCGAUGAGCCGUACGCUGUUUCCCUGUAUCAGGACUACGACUGGAACACCGGCGACAUUGAGCGGGUGCACAAGACGACGGGCGAGAACCGCAGCCUCGUCCACUCGGGCAUGACUUACAUCACUUCGCUGCUUGUGUGCAACGACAAGCGACAGGUGGGGCUAAUACGUGCAAGAUCAACAACGGGAGCUGCUCCCACCUGUGCCUGGCCCAGCCCGCAGACGGGGCACGACCUGUGCCUUGUAUACGAUUUAAAAAGGCCAGUAAAUUUCGUAAGCAAGUGAAUAUAUAACUAAAAGAGUGUGAA